AUGGCUCUAUUUGAUCACCUCAUGAAUGCGGGACAAAGCCUUGUGGAUCAGGACUGGAAUCACUGGAAACUGCAGAUGCAGUCGUGGAUGGAGGACGUGAAGGAACAGGAGAGACAGAGCAGAGCGUCCACAUCGGGCCCCCAGUCGUGCGGCUCGAGUUGCGGCCCGAGAAGUUCCCCCAAUUGUGGCUCCAGAAGGGCUCCCAAUUGCGGUGACAGUCAGGCCUAUCCUGGUAUGGAAGCGCUGCACGAGCUAUGGUCCCAAUUCAGAGCCGCCGGCCCUCAGCCCCGACAGACUCGCGAAGACCCGUCCAAUCAAGUGAAGAACGACGCCAAGAAGAUGGUCAUCAAAUUGGAUGUCCAACACUUCGACGCCCAAGAGAUCAGCGUCAAGAUUGUGGACAACUAUAUUGUGGUGACCGGCGAACACCCGGAGAAGUCCGACCGCUUGAGUUUGAUUAGCCGUCGCUUUCAGCGCAGAUACGAAUUGCCGGCCGAUGUGGAGGCGGACACCAUUGUCUCGACCCUCACCCCCGACGGUGUGCUCAUCAUUGAGGGCCUCAAGAAGGCUGUGCCCAAAGAAGCCGGCGCUGAGAUCGUCAUUCCCGUCAUCAGAGAGCAGACCAACACUUCUAAU